AUGGACCUUGUACUGAAUGUUGCGGACUAUUAUGUCCUCACUCCAUAUUUGUACCCUGCAUCGUGGCCUGAGGACGGGGCCCUGCGACAGAUCAUCAGCCUCUUAGUGGUGACGAACCUUGGGGCAGCAGUCCUGUACCUGGGCCUGGGAGCCAUCAGCUACUUCUUUAUCUUUGAUCACAAGCUUAUGAAACACCCUCACUUCUUAGAGAAUCAAGUAUGGAGAGAAAUUAAAUAUGCAAUGACAUCUCUGCCCUGGAUCAGCAUUCCUACUGUGGCUCUGUUCUUUGCUGAAGUCAGAGGAUACAGCAAAUUGUACAACAACGUCAGCGAUUCCGUGCUGGGUUGGCCCGGUCUUUUCCUCAGUAUGAUCUCAUUCCUGUUUUUCACCGACAUGUGUAUUUACUGGAUUCACCGCUUCCUGCACCAUAAGCUUAUUUACAAGAUGUUUCACAAACCACACCACUUAUGGAAGAUCCCUACCCCCUUUGCCAGCCAUGCUUUUCAUCCAGUGGAUGGCUUCAUGCAGGGACUCCCAUAUCACAUUUACCCCUUCCUUUUCCCCCUACACAAGGUGCUUUAUUUAGCUCUUUACGUUUUCGUCAACAUCUGGACCAUCUCCAUCCAUGACGGCGACUAUCGUGUUCCCAAUUCACUGAUGAGCGCCAUCAAUGGCUCAGCUCACCACACCGACCACCACCUGUUCUUUGACUAUAACUAUGGUCAGUACUUCACUUUAUGGGACCGCCUGGGAGGCUCCUACAGGCACCCGUCAGCCCUGAUGGGGAAAGGUCCCCUCGAUCUGAUCCGGAAGCUUGAAACCAAGGGAAAGUUGGGGGAUGACGGAGUGAAAGCCAAACAAGCAAACAUGCAUCUGCUAAGAGAAGCCACACGUAAGGAGGAGUAA